UUUAAAAAGGACCAAUCCACUGGAACAGCCUUAGAACGCUGUGUGGUGCUGACAACGGAAUUCCACGAUGCAGCGCGGACGCAGCCACGAGCGCCGGGACCGGUCGCGCGACCGCGGACGCAACUACGACAAGCCCCGCGACCGCUCCCGAGACCGGCGAGACCGCUCCGGCGACCGGUCGCGUGCCAAUGAUCGCUCGCGCGACGACCGCCCACGCGACAAUGACCGCCCGCGCGACAAUGACCGCCCGCGCGAUGGGGACCGCCCGCGCGAUAGCCGCUCUGGCGAUCGCCCUCGGGACCAUGACCGGCCUCGCGAUGACCGCGCAGGCGACCGCCCGCGCGAGAACGAUAGGCCACGUGAGAGCGAGCGGCCGCGUGACAUGGGCAACCACAGCAAAUAUGGCUCGUCGCGUGAUGACAACGGGUACGAAGAAGACGAUUACCGACCACCGCAGGAGUCGACGGGGCCGUGGGACUCCAAGGCUGAAGCCGAGAAGGACCCGAACUGGGCUCGCAUCUACGUCACGAACUUGCCGGCGGGUACGACGGUCGAUGAACUGCAAGAAAUCUUUGGCGGUCUCGGGGUCAUUGCCAAGGAGAAGCAGAAGCGCGGCUACAAGGACCAAUGGCCCUGGAAGAUCAAGAUCUACACAAACGACGAUGGGUCACCUAAGGGCGAUGCUGUCAUCACGUACGAAGACAGCAAUGCGGCACGGUCGGCGCCCGGCUUCUUCAACGGGAGCGACAUUCGCGGCAACACGAUCACGGUCGAGCUCGCCGGCAAGCCCGAGCCGCCUGUCGGUGGCUGGAUGGGUGGUCCCGGUGGUGGUCGCGGCGGCGGUCGUGGCGGUGGCGGCGGUGGUCGGUACGGCGGCGGCGGUGGCGGUGGCGGCAGUCGCUACCGACCGUACUAGUCGUGUCCCGGCACACCUCUCAUUACCACGGAUGAUACGAAUAACGCGAUGAUCCAUGUCUCCUAUUGAGCCCC